AUGUCGGGAAGAGGAAAGGGAGGGAAGGGAUUGGGAAAGGGAGGAGCGAAGAGGCACAGGAAGGUGCUGAGAGAUAACAUUCAAGGAAUCACCAAGCCUGCGAUUCGUCGUCUUGCUCGUAGAGGAGGUGUCAAGCGUAUCAGCGGUCUGAUCUACGAGGAGACGAGAGGUGUCCUCAAGAUCUUCCUCGAGAAUGUUAUCCGUGACGCUGUUACCUACACAGAGCACGCCCGGAGGAAGACGGUGACUGCGAUGGAUGUUGUCUACGCUUUGAAGAGGCAAGGACGUACCCUCUAUGGUUUCGGAGGUUAA